AUGGAGACGCCUACGCAUCUGCCCUCGAGGCCUAGAGAGUUCAUCGAUCUCAGCUCCGAUGAUGAAGAAGAGGAAGAUUCUGUCCAGGAACUGCCGGAGCUAGACCCAGGCCACUUCCCCGAGUUUAACGACUUCAACGACCUCAUCCUCGGAAAUCUGGUGCGGGAGAACCAGGCCGCUUGGGAUGCAGCUGCAUUUGAGGCUCAAGGCUUUCAGGUUCCCAUCCUCGGCGACUGGCAAAAUGAAGCCCCCGAGCCAGUCCCCGAGACCAUUAAUCUUCCCGGUGGUGUUGCACCUAGCUUGCCCCAGAUGCUUCGACAGGCUGACAGACUCCACCUGAACCAUCUUCCAGUGAAUCUACUAAACGAACAGCAGGACAAUGAUCAGUUCCACAAUGACAACGAUCUCAUCCAAGGACAAGUUAACAACCAACUGAACAACGAACGGCCAGACAAUGAAAUUGAUCUCAUUCUAUCUGAUCUGAACAGGCAGUUCCCUAAUGCGCGAAUGGAAGACGACGACAACUUUGUUUGGGAGCAAGUGAACCGUGACCUUCAUAACGCGGACAAUAUCAUCGAUCUUGAUCCACCACCAACUGAAGAGAUGGCCAACAAAGCCCGCUGCAUCCAAGGUGUCGCCGACAUAUUUCCAGAUAUCUGUCUCGAAUAUGUCGAGCAACUAUAUGUUGCACUUCAAGGCAGGAAGUCAUCCCUUGCUAUCGUCGAGCUUGUCUUAGAAGGAGAAGAAAAUGGACAGCCGUAUCCCAAAAUCAACCAGCCGAAGAGGAAGCGUCCAGUCGAAAGCGACGACGACGAAGAGAUCAUCCAGAAGUAUGCUGCAGAUCGACAGCAUAACUCGGAUAAGUAUUUGACCAUGGCGCGUGGAAUGCUCUCAGAGGACUUUCCAAGCAUCCCAAUGAGCUUUAUCAUGAGGCACUUCUAUGACUCGGGUAUGGUGAUUUACACUGCCUACCAGAGUCUCGCCGACGCUGAGCGUGUCUGGGACCCCAGUAACCCUAGCUACCACAAAUUAAAGCAGGCCCGUAAGGUCAAAAGCUUUCAUCCAAGUACCGUCGAGGAGAAGCUCACCAAUCCCGAAACCCCACCAGAUCAGAAACGCGCUUAUGCAGAGCUCAAGGACGUCAGAGCUGGACGUGCAAAGUGGGAGGGGAAAUUAGCAGCCAGAAGGAAGCGUGAAGCCGAUGCUAUCGCAGCUAAGGAGAAGUAUGAGGCCGACGAAGCUGCCAACUUGGAGCUUUCGAUAAAAGAAGGAACCAUGGAGGAGUGUGGAUGCUGCUUUGAUAACUUUCCCCGCAACCGCAUGAUCAACUGCAACAACGAGAGCAUAUCGCACUACUUCUGCAAGCGCUGUGCCCGCCUCCAUGCCGAAACCCAGAUCGGUAGCGGCAAAUAUGAGCUCCAGUGUAUGUCGACUGACGGCUGCCAGGCUGAUUACUCAUAUGCCCAGCGCCAACUUUUUCUCGAUGCCAACCUCACCACGGCUCUCGACCGCAUAGCAGCCGAAACAAAUCUGCGCCUCGCCGGUAUCGAAAACCUGGCUAGCUGCCCCUUCUGCCCCUAUGCUGCGGAAUACCCUCCCAUCGAGGAAGAGCGACUCUUCCACUGUGUAUUGGAUUCUUGCAAAAAGAUCUCCUGUCGCAUGUGCCUGAAGGAAUCACAUAUCCCUAAGACGUGCCAGGAGAACGCCAAGGAUAUUGGUCUCGAUGUGCGCCGUGAAGUCGAGGAGGCCAUGACAGCAGCGCUUGUGCGCUUGUGUAACAAGUGCAAGGGACCUUUCAUCAAGGAGGAUGGCUGUAACAAGAUGAACUGCCCCUGUGGCAAUAUUCAGUGCUACGUCUGCUCCAAGAGCUGUCACUACAAUCACUUCGAUGACGAGCGCAGGGGUGGAAAAGCCGGGAACUGCCCUCUUUUCGACGAUGUCCAGGUCCGCCACGAAGAUGAGACAAAGCGAGCUGAAGCGAUUAUCGUCGAGAAGCUCAAGAAGGAGCACCCAGAAGUCGAUCCAGAGGACCUGGAGAUCAGGGUCUCUGAUGCAGUGAAGGAGGACGAGGAGAGGAGGAAGAAGAAACGCUGGAACCCGCAUGAACCGUUUAGGUUUGCCAUGGAAGGUGGGAUUGGCAGGCCGCAAGGCCCGCCGCUAAUACCUCAGGCACUUGCUGGUAAUCAAGAGCGGCAGGCGUAUCGGGAGGCGUAUGAGGCGCACAUGGCACAAUAUCAUGCGAAUGUGGAGAAUCUGGGACCUCUGGGGAAUCGGCCGCGGAACCCGGGUCAGCGGCAGCAUCCAAAUUUGCAAGACGCUGCUGCCGUCCCCGCAAACCCUCCCGCCGACGCCGCCGGAGUCCCAGACAAAUACAAGCACGUCCGCUUCCCCCGCCACCAGCGCCACCGAAGCCCCGCCCACCAGGCCCUCUACGAAGCAGCCCGCGCCCGCGUCCGCGCCAACCGCCAAGCACAGGACGAAGCCCUUGCUGCUGCGGAGGGUGGGAAUAAAGAACUCCGCGAUCGGCUUGCUGCGGGGCGCAAGGAGGCGAGGAGGGGGCUGAGGGAGUUGGUGAGGGAGAGGAUUGCGGCGGUGAAUGAGGCGGCGAAUGCGGCAGCGAAUGCGGCGGAUGCGGCGAUUGCGGCGAUUGCGGCAGAGGAGCCCAAGAGGGGAGAGGAUGGGGAUGCGGAGGUGGUUUAUAGACCUGGUGAUAGGGUUGUGGCAAGACGGAGGGUGCAGGAGUGGGUGUUUGAGCCGUUUGGAGCUCCACCUGUCCCUGCAGCUGGUGGAGAGGAGGCUGGCAAUGCAGGUAAUGAUGGUGAAAUGCCGUUAGAUGAUCUUCUAGCCCAGGCCUACGCUGCAAUCGGCCGGGCGCCUAGGGCACGACCCGUUUACAACAGAGAUGACUUCCAGCUCUUUCCCCGACAGCAGCCCUUCAUGCUCCCACAGCACCCGCCUCGUCCGGAACGGCAGCCGCAACCGCAACCACAACAGCAGCCUCCAGCAGAUUUCGAAGAAUUCAUGAUGGAACAACCCCUGAUGGAUGGCUACGUGGAGCCGAAGGGGCAGAAACUAGUACCGCUCCCGAUGAAGGCGGUGAUGGAUCCGCACGCAGUUAUGGAUUUUGAAGCACCGCAUCGGAGGGGUAAAGUGAAUAGGGCUGCUGCUGGUGAGGAGGGGGCGGGGAGGAGGUUCGUGAGGGUUUUGGGGCUGGAUGGUGGUGGGGCGCAGCAGGGGGGGCAGAGGCUGGAGGGUGGUGGUGGGGGUGGGGGGAGGAGGGAGGGAGAGCGGGGGCUGGACUUUUUGAUGAGGUUGAGGAGGGGGAGGUCGAGGGGUGGGGAGAAGGGGAAGGGUGGAGAGAAGAAGGAUGGGGGUGGGGAGAAGAAGUAA